AUGACCCCCACCCCAGCCAGGAGCUCCGGUGAAGGCGAUACCACCCCACAAAUGCAUCCAGACCACCAAUCCCACACCGCCCGCCGCAGACGUACCGGCAAACUCUCCCAGUUCUUCGGCGAAACCAUCGACCUCAACAAAUCCCCCGCUGAACUCUCCUCCACCCUCCCCCGCUCCAACUCUCUCACCCGCAAGGGCUCUUCCCGCAGAUCCAUCCUCCCCACGUCGCCUCCCAGCCCGGGCUUUGGAGGAGGGGCGGGGGGAAAGUGGAAGACGAGGAGGGAGACGAUGGAUGCGGUGUUGGGCGAGAUGUGGAGGAGUGUACAGGAUGAGAGAGGGAAGGGCGGGAUGAAGUUGGAUGAGGUGGAUAGGCUUGGGGAUUUGAUGAGUGUUUUGAGGGAUAGACGGGAUCAGAGGGAGAGGAUGGGGAGCAGGCGGUGGGGUACGCAGGAGGAGAGUAUCUGGUCGAACGGUAUCGCUAGCACUAUCUGGAGAUUGGUGGGAAAAGAGAAUGGGAGUCUGCCGGUGACUGAUUGGUUGUGCCCCGCCGCUUUUGGUAUGGUGAAGGGAGACGGGGAUGUUGUUAUACAAGAGCAUGUCGAGGGCACUUUGGAGGAGUUUCUACCCGGGGAUCAGGGCAAGGUGGUUUUCACCGUCCGAGACUAUCAGCUGCAAGAUCCCUCGAAUGGCUCCGUCAUCCACGAAGCCUAUAUCAACAGACGCACCUGGGCAAUAAUCAUCCUCUUCAACAUCUCCUUCGUUGUCAAAGUAACAGGCGCAGACGAGCUCCGCGUCAGCCAUAUCAGAAUGGAAGUCUGUUGA